GUAUGGAAGUCAAAAUGAUGCAGGUAUAUUUUAUGAAUCUGAAUUUGGAAGUAUGUUAAGAUCACAAAAGUUGAAUGUGCUGAGAAAAAAGAGAAAGUUGCCAGGAAGUAAUGAAACAGCUGGAUAUUUUUUUAUUGGAGAUGAAGGGUUUCCUUUAUCAAUGAAUCUAAUGAGACCUUAUUCAGGCAGAAACUUAAAUGAAAACAAAAAAAUAUUUAACUAUAGAUUAUCACGUGCACGAAAGACGAUAGAGAAUGCAUUUGGAAUUUUAGUUUCUCGUUGGAGAGUACUACGUUCAAGUUGCAUGCAUCCUAACACUGUUGAUAGAAUAAUCUUGAGUACAGUAUGCCUUCAUAACUUUUUAAAAAGUUUUGAAGAACAGCAGUCUGCAACCUAUAAUAGAGUUUAUUGUCCUCCUAACUUCAUCGAUGUUGAAAAUAAUAAUGGAGAUGUAAUAAACGGUGCUUGGAGAGAAAAUGAUGUACAUAUUCAAGGCAUUCAACCAUGCAAUGCUCGUCGAGCCACAAUUGAAGCAUAUGAACAACGAGAUAAACUCACAAAUUAUUUUUUAACUCUCCAAGGAGAAAUACCAUGGCAGUAUGAAUAUGUAAGAAGGGUACAAAACUGUGAUAGAAUGUAAAGAUUUUUAUACAAUUUACACAUACUUUCUGUAAAACACUCA